AUGUGUAAACAUAAACUUUCUUCAAGCAUUGUUCUUUUCUUCCCCAUUUGGAGGUAUGACCCGAAGAUCGCCCCUUUGAAAGAUGGGGCCCAGUUGGUGCUGGUUUCGCAGUUCAUGAUGGAAUUGCAGGGGCUGAAGACGGUGGACGGAGAGGAUCCCCCAAGGAUUUUGCACUUCAUUCCGAGGUUGAAGGGCAACUGGAGUGGGAAGCCUGUGAUUGAGCAGAACACUUGUUAUAAGAUGCAGUGGGGCUCCGCUCUCCGGUGCGAGGGUUGGAAAUCCAAGGCUGAUGAAGAGACAGGAAAGCGUGGAAGGAAGGAAGUGAAUGUGGAGCUAAAGAAAAAAGCAGAGUUCUUCGGCGACAUUGUAAUAGUGCCUUUCAUGGAUAGCUAUGAUCUGGUUGUUUUGAAGACGGUUGCCAUCUGUGAGUAUGGGGUCCGUACAGUCUCUGCAAAUUAUAUCAUGAAAUGUGAUGAUGACACAUUUGUCAGAAUAGAUUCGGUGAUUAAGGAAGCCAAGAAAGUCCCCAGUGGUAGAAGCCUAUAUGUUGGAAACAUGAAUUACUACCACAAGCCCUUGCGUUAUGGUAAAUGGGCUGUGACGUAUGAGGAAUGGCCAGAAGAAGAUUAUCCACCGGAUGCCAAUGGCCCAGGCUACAUUGUAUCAUCUGACAUUGUACAAUUUGUUGUAACAGAGUUUGAGAAACACGCCUUGAGGCUCUUCAAGAUGGAAGAUGUGAGCAUGGGCAUGUGGGUGGAGCAGUUCGACAGCAUGACACCUGUCGAGUAUCUACACGACCUGAAAUUACCGGCAUGCUAG